AUGGCGAGCAAAGAUCAAAGUGACCUUGACAAUCAGGAAAGCACUCCCAAGCUCAUUAACAUUGCUCAGAAAGGAUUUGGUCAAGCAUCCAAUUAUGAAAAGGCCCGCAAUGACUACCCUCUUGAGGCAGUGAAAUUCCUCUUGAAACAGCUUCGACUACUUGACAAGACCACUGAACAAUCAAAGGUCUUGGAACUUGGCUCGGGUACAGGAAAGUUUACUCGGGUGAUGUUAGAAGUGCUGAAGGACCAGAAUGUCCGAGUUAUUGCAAGUGAUCCUGUUGACCAAAUGUGCGAACAGUUCAAACGCCUACAGCCUGAUGUUGAUGUUAUCCAGUGUGCCGCGGAGGACAUACGUAAGUUGGCCUUUUUAUGA